AUGGCCUACCCAGCAGCUCUCAAGGUCCUGUUUACACGGGAUCUCCUCAAUCCCGAUGACCCUAAUGUCGGUUCAUCACGAGGAAAUGCGUCCUCGACGACGUCCGAUGCCAUGUCCGAUCUUGGCCUUGGAGGGGACUCGACUUCCCUUUCUGCGUUUCUGACCACACUGAUCCCAGCGUUGGUGAUCGCUGCGUUCUGGUUCGGCCUCUUCUUGAUCUGCCGGCGAACCCAGCUGCGAUGUGAGCGAGCCCCACGACUACCUUCGGGGUUUAUCAAUUGGUUCGGCCAAUUCUUGAAGAUCUCCGAUGCCCAGGUCCUCCGGCAUUCCUCCAUGGACGGGUAUCUUUUUCUCCGAUUUCUACGCGUGCUUUCUGCCACAUGCUUCACGGGUUGCGUUAUAACCUGGCCAAUUUUGCUUCCCAUUAAUGCCACUGGUGGCGCAGGGAACACCCAACUGGACGCUCUAAGUUUCAGCAAUGUGACAAACUCGCAGCGUUACUAUGCACACACAAUUAUAGCAAUUGUCUAUUUCACCUUCGUGUUCUUCGUGGUAACUCGCGAGAGCAUCUUCUAUGCGAACCUACGCCAAGCAUACUUUAACUCCCCGGCUUAUGCGGAGCGUAUCUCUUCAAGAACGGUCCUAUUCAUGUCAGUACCGGACGAGUAUAAAAAUGAAAAGACGCUGCGUCAAGUCUUUGGAGACAAUAUCAACCGGAUUUGGAUCACUUCCGAGUGCAAGGACCUGGACAAGAAGGUCAUGGAGAGGGCAAAGCUAGCCUAUAAACUAGAGCAUGCUGAGACGAAAUUGAUUCGAGCAGCAAAUUCGGCUCGGCUGAAAGCCAUCAAAAAGGGGAUCGCCCUAUCUAAGCCAUGCCUGGAUUCAGAUAGCUGCGAAGAGUGUCAAUCAAACACUUCCACAACAUAUCAUGGUAUUAAGAGACCAACUCAUCGUGUUAAACUGCUCGGCAAAAAGGUCGAUACAAUUCGUUGGUUACGCGCUGAGCUGGCAAAGGUCAUCGAGGAGAUCUCUAUUCUUCAGAAAAAGCACCGAAAUGGCGAAAUGAAGAAUCUUUCUGCCGUCUUCAUCGAAUUUGCCACACAAAAGGACGCGCAAGUUGCUCUACAGACCGUAUCCCAUCACCAGCCACUUCACAUGACGCCUCGUUUCAUUGGUAUCUCGCCCAACGAGGUUGUCUGGUCAGCUUUGAACCUGAGCUGGUGGCAACGGAUCGCACGCCGUUUCUUGGUACAGGGUGGCCUUGCUGCCCUCGUUAUUUUCUGGUCUAUCCCAUCCGCCAUGGUGGGAACGAUCUCGAACAUCACUUAUCUCACUAGCAUGAUUCCGUUCCUAGGUUUCAUCAACAAGCUCCCAUCGGUCAUCCUAGGUCUCAUCUCUGGUCUACUUCCUUCCGCUGCGCUCGCUAUGUUGAUGUCUCUGGUUCCGAUCAUUUGUAGAGCCUGCGCCAGAGUUUCCGGUGUACCUUCGACGUCGCGUGUGGAACUCUUUACUCAGAGUGCACACUUCUGUUUCCAAGUUGUGCAAGUCUUCCUUGUCACUACAUUGACUUCGGCGGCAUCUGCUGCGACUGCUCAGAUCAUCAAAGACCCUUUAUCGGCCAAGGAUCUUCUGGCCGAGAACCUACCAAAAGCGACCAAUUUCUAUAUUUCCUACUUUCUUCUUCAGGGCCUGACCAUGAGCUCCAUGGCGGUCGUACAAGUUGCAGGGGCUGUCGUCUUCAAAUUCAUUACGACGUUCUUCGACCGCACCCCUCGACGACUAUACCAGCGAUGGGCGGCCCUGAGUGGUGUAGGAUGGGGCAAUGUGUUUCCUGUUUUCACAAACAUGGGUGUGAUUGCAAUCACCUACUCGUGUAUCGCUCCGUUAAUUCUGGGAUUCGCCUUCGUCGGACUCUACCUCGUAUAUCAAGCAUAUCGGUACAACUUCUUGUUCGUCUACGAUCUCCGCAUCGAUACCAGAGGCCUCGUUUACCCGCGCGCACUACAACACCUCUUGACUGGCAUCUACCUUGCAGACAUCUGCCUGAUCGGACUCUUUGCCAUCAAAGGAGCCGUCGGACCACUCGUGAUCAUGGCCCUGUUUCUCAUCCUCACCAUCCUGGCUCAUAUAUCGCUCAACGAUGCGUUGGAACCGUUAUACUCUUUCCUCCCAGCAAACCUCGACGUCGAAGAAGAAUCGCAACUAUCCAAAGCGGAAGCAGAUGCCUUGAAUCCCCGCAAAGUAGGAAAAUGGGAAGCGGCCUGGAAAUGGUUCCACCCAAAUCUCUAUCGCGACUACGCUGCACUGCGUGGAAAGGUUCCCCGUGACCACGUGGAAAUCCGAUACACAGAGGAAGAAAGAAACAAGGCCUACUACGAGCCGUGCAUUACCGCACGCACUCCGACUCUCUGGAUCCCGCGGGAUAAAUGGGGAUUCAGCCAACAGGAAGUGCUGGAUACGGAUCCGUGCAUCCCUAUCACAGACGAGGGAGCUCAUCUGAACGAGAAAAACAGAAUUGUCUGGGAUAAAUAUGACCCCAAACUGCCGCUGUGGGAACUGAAGAUUCUUUAUUAG